AUGGAGAAGAAAUUUUUUCUCCAUGUUGCGUGUCUCCAUAGAGGGAGGGAUAAAGAGCAAGUAAUUGAAACACUAGACAGUAUCCUUGACAUUUCCAGUCGUAUUGGGAUAGAUAUUCUUGUUGAGACAUCUCUCUUAACUGUUGAGAAACUCCACUCUCAGGGCAACAGUGUUGAGAUGCAUGACUUGAUACAAGAAAUGGCAUGGAGAAUUGUUCGGGAAGAAUCUCCCGAAGAACCUGGUAAACGCAGUCUUUUAUGGUGUCGCAAAGACAUUUUUCAUGCAUUCAUGAACAAUACGGUUACUGAAGCAAUUGAAGGCAUAGCCUUACGUCUGCCCGAAUUAGAAGUGGUGCACUGGAAUUGUACUGAAGCCUUCGAUAAGAUGCAGGGGUUAAGGUUUCUUGAAUUUGAUAAUGUUAUGAUUUCUUCAGCCCCUAAAGUUCUUCCAAAUUCCUUAAGAAUUAUUCGUUGGAAUUGGUAUCCUUCCAAAUCUCUCCCACCAAGGUUUGAACCAUGUUUCCUUGCUAAACUUGAGAUGUGUUAUAGCAAACUUGUCCGCCUUUGGGAUGGAGCAAAGGGCAACAGUGUUGAGAUGCAUGACUUGAUACAAGAAAUGGCAUGGAGAAUUGUUCGGGAAGAAUCUCCCGAAGAACCUGGUAAACGCAGUCUUUUAUGGUGUCGCAAAGACAUUUUUCAUGCAUUCAUGAACAAUACGGUUACUGAAGCAAUUGAAGGCAUAGCCUUACGUCUGCCCGAAUUAGAAGUGGUGCACUGGAAUUGUACUGAAGCCUUCGAUAAGAUGCAGGGGUUAAGGUUUCUUGAAUUUGAUAAUGUUAUGAUUUCUUCAGCCCCUAAAAGGUGCAAAAGGCUUGAGCAAUUGCCAGAUCUUCCGUCAAAUAGUUUCUUAUACGUAGAUGCAAAUGAUUGUACUUCCUUGAAGAGGUUGUCAGAUCCAUCAAAGUCUAGCGGAGGAGCCAACAUGUAUGAUUUUAUUUUCACCUGUCUUAAUUGCUUCAGCUUGGUUAAAGAAGAAGGCUGGAUUAACAGAAUAUUUGCAAUGAUAAUGAGAUUGGCCAGUGAGGGUCUCUAUCCAAUGUGGACUGGUAACUUAAUUGUAUGCCCUGGAAGUGAGAUUCCAGAUUGGUUCGAGAAUCCAAGUGUGGGAGAUUCAAUAACUAUGGAACUGCCUCUACCUCCACAACCAUGUAGCGACUGGGUUGGUAUUGCUUUAUGUGUCGUUUUUGAAGAUUCUGAAUAUUUGGAAAAUCCAGACACCCUUCUUGAUUAUGAUUUUUUAAAAAUUGAAUGUCUGUUGGGUGCGCAUGAGACUUUGACGGUGGGGCAUCUUGAGUCACAACACCUUUGGCAUUUUUACUUGCCUUGCGAUGAUAUUAAGCAUCAAAUCCAACUAAUAGGAAAAGAGGAUGGCUCGUGCAGUCAUCGCUUUUCAUUCAAAUCGCAUUAUUGUUUAAAAGGAUCUCCAGACAAAUUCCUCGAAACAAGCUCGAUUAUAAAGAAAUGUGGAGCACGUUUGGUGUUCAAAAGAGAUUUGGAAGAAUUCAGCCGAAUACUGAAAAUCCCGAAGCCAGCACUACUUGAUGCAUACAGCAGUGACAAGGAGGCAGGACCAAUUGGUAGUAGUGGAAGUGGUAGCUCUGAUGACGAAAAUGAACCAGGAAAUUAG